AUGAACGCUGAAGACAGACACAAAAUAUUCAUUGCACGAUUAAAUCUUCACGACGAACUGGACCGCAGAUCUCGGUCACAGCCUGGAUUUCUGCGCCGAAAUUUGAGGGUUGUUCUGGAUCAGCACGAACACCUACUUCAGCUAGAGCGAGGACAUGCUCCGACAAGUCAGAGCGCAAUCGACCACGAGCCACGAACUUCCAAGUGGGAUUUGUACGCCGAGGAAAUUUUACGCCGCAUGAUGAAGAACAGAGAAACGAUUCGCAUCGACCACCUUCGUCUGGUCGCUUUCCGUGACGGGAGCCACGGCGGCAGUGAUCGGAACGCGACUCGUCAGGAUGUGUUGUCUGGCGCGUAUGCCGCUGAUCGACCUCCCUGGCUACCGGCUUCUGAUGUAUGGAGAGUAUGGUGCCAAGUGUUUGUGAAGAUUGCGCAUCGAUCCGACGCUCAAAGCAUAGUAUACUAUGAAUUGCGCGAUGCGCAAAUAACGCGGCACGAGCUCAAAGGACGUCCGCCGGAGUUUGAAAUCGCCUUGGAAGAACCAUUCGAGAUCAGAAUAGACAAGCUCAAGGCCGAAGCUGUGUACGACAACGACGGCGGCACUAAGCGCACGCGCGCAGCUGACAAUGACGGACAUUCCAUGAGAUUCGGGAUCAGAUGUCAAACCUCUGAAGACGCGGCAGAGCUUCUGAGUCAACUGGAACCCCGCAACGUUUCCACCUACCAGUUUGCAUCCGUAAUUGAUGCGAUGUUGACCUGUUCAUGGGACGCUCUCCCGAACGUUCCAUCGCCAGGACACCUAAUGAAGCUCAAGCGCGCACAUGAGGAACGGAGCCCUAACAUGCAAUAUGGCGUCGAGGCCAGCAUGUUUCACAGCAAGAACUUGCCCACAUCCAGAUACAACAGAGCGCUACGUUUGAGGGGUGAAGCGCGGCAGCUACCGACUCCAAGCGUGUCUGACGACCUCGAGAGCAGCCGGCCAAAGAUGCAAGUCCACUACCUCACGACAAUAAAUUUCGUUACGCGCGGGGCGGUCAUGGUCGGGCUGAAGUGCAUACUCUGUCAACGCGACAUCGAGCACUCCAGCCCUGAGCGGCUGAUGCUGCAUUAUCUGACCAAUCAUGAUCACCUCAAGUGGACUAUCGACUACGAGUACUCGACCGACAGUCUGCUGCUGGUGAGAGUCGAGGUUGGUGAUGCAGUACCUACUCAGAAUGAUGUGGAGGAAAUCCACGGAGACGAAAUCGAAUGGGUAGCUCCCAAGUCGGCUUUCAACCUCAAGGCUCACUUGCAAGGUGAUCAGGAAUGGGUGCUUCCUGCUCCGAAAAGCAGCAAAUCGGUGCACAACACCCCACGACAUCCAAAGAGCACCAAAAUGCUCGGGAGGAAAGACAAGCCGCUUGCCCAGCCUUUGCUCCAAGCACUGGCAAUGGAGAGCCGCAAGAGGAAAAUCACCGCACCUGAAGAUGUCGUAGAUUUGACCCCUUACCAGCGCAAGAGACAUCCAGUGCCUGAAGUGGAAGGCAUCUCAUUCUACCGGACCAUCUCGAAACAGCGAAUUGCUCCCGGGACCGAGAUCAGCGAUAGCGAGGACGAAGCCGACACGUCGUGGGUGUUGCAGAGCCAGCGAAGAGAUCAGACUCAACUGGGCGUGUCACAAGUAGCGCGAGACUUCAACGAGUUGUUUAAUACGCAUCUCGACGAGGAGACGCCGCUUUCCGACUCCUUCACGAGAGAUGCGGUUGUGCGCUUCACCAGGAAGUUCAAGGCGCGGCUGGGCACUGGAAGUUGGAGGGACGAGUUUGAGAGAAAGCUUCGGCAACUCGAAUCGAAGAAGAUUGUGAACGCGGACACGGUCAGAUACUGCUUGGAACUGGUCACUAGCCCCGGCGAAGAUGUCCCGCAAAUGAACGGAGCACACAAGGACCAGGGAGAGAGUGAUUCUGACCGAAGAGCUAUUGGCGAACAGCUUGGCGUCACUUCGCCUCCGCCGGCUUCUCGCAAGGCAAAGAUGAAACCUCUGGGUUCUCGGAAAAUUUUGUGCGCGAGGCCUGGCAGCGCAAAUUCGCACAAACUCUUUCACAUCACAGAUCUUCUUCGCGACGGUGACGAUCGGGAGCGGGACGAUAUACGGCCCCGGGAUCUAGAUUACGGACGGCUGGUUCAGCUCCUGGAACAAGACCUGGGGUUCAGACGCGACACGGAUCACAUCGUCUGCACUGUCGUCAAUACGAAGACAUACCACCCAAUCGCCCACCAGAACGAUCUAAUCUCGGCGCUAUCGGACCACAAAGUAUUGACUGCGAAGGCGUCAGGUUUGAUACUCUUUGAGCUACGCGACAAAGCGUCGUUCGAAAAAGGGUUGGAACGGAGCCGGAAUCUUAGCACUGAGCAGGCUAGAGGACUACUGGAGACUUCCAAAGAUGGCAAGAAAGCUGGUGCGAAGAAGAAGGAAUGCAUUUGCGGAGUUGAAGUUGAAGCUAUGAGAGGCGCCUUCUCAUGUGGAAACGCUUCAUGCUCCAGAAACUUUCACUUGGCCUGCCUGAUUAUGGACCGGCGGCCGGACGCAACGUGGACGUGUGAGGAUUGCUCUCAGUGA